GCACACGGUGGCUACAACGGACCGGUCUCUGUUUGAUGUUGCUUGUGAUGAGCGAAUGCGAAUCGCGAACGUAACAGCAAAAGGGGUUCGUACGAACCACGUGUUGUCUUACGCGACGUUUCUUCCUUUUUAUUGAUAAGUAUUAUUGUUUUACUGUUUCGUUUUCGUGAGUGAGCCGUGGCGAUAAAAAGAACGGACCUCUUGACUGAACUAUUCUCAGUUUUGGUUCGUCAUUCUAUUAUUAUCUAUAAGUAUGUAAAUGGUUAGUUAAGUUUUGGUUCCACUGACAAAUUAUUGAGUGCGUGUUUACAGGUACUACAUUUUCACGAGUAUCAUAUGUUUCUGUUUUGUGGUGUAUCCUAAAAAAACGACAGUGCACUUCUUCAGGCCCAACUAUUAAUUUUUAAGUGUCGAGUAUUGUGAUUUUGUAAGACAGUGGGUGAAUAAAGACCAGUCUAGUUUUUCUAAUCCAAAAAACUGAAGAUCCAUGUCAUAAUAAUCGUUUGGAGUAUCAUGACAAUUUGAGAGGAACGAAGGUAUGAACUUAUUCCCAUUGAUAGUCGUUGAGUAGAAGAACUGUAGUGUAACCUCAUGGUAACUACCCUUCUGCAGCAAAAGUUUACGCGUCCAUCGGGCGAGCAUGUGAUGUGCCGCGAUGCCCACUUUGUCCGCGGCGCCUGAGCUCAGUCCCGCCGGCGGCCGCACCGAGCAGCGGCAUAAGGUCAUCGCCACCUCCACCGCCACAUCGACCAUCGCCAGCGUUUCGACGACGGCCCCGUCGGCUUCGUCGUCGUCGGAGAUAAGAAACGCCGCCGCCACCGCCACAAUGAGCCCAGAACAGGAAGCCAGUCCACCGCCCGCGGCACCUGGUGCAUCGCCGUCGCCUCCGCCUUCUACCACCUUGCCUUCGCCUGCCAUAUCGCAAUCACAAGAGGAACAACACGGGGGCGGAAAUUCGGACGUGGAGCAAUUCUCGGGAAAAAUCGUCUACAAUCCUGACGGUUCGGCCUACAUUAUCGAAGAUUCCGAAAGCGAGAGCGAGAGCGCUUCCGUUAACGUUCCCGAGGUGGUUCCGCCGCUCCAGGCCGUUUACGUGUCGCGUCUUCUCCGACAGGCCACCAGGCAACCGGCCGAACAACCGGCAGUGCACAGUUACCGAGUGAUAGCAUUGAGAGACGCACGACCUCCCAGGCCGACAUCCGUACCUGUCAAGCCGAUCCUGAUGUGUUUCGUGUGCAAACUGAGUUUCGGGUUCGCGCGUUCCUUUGCCAACCACGCGCAGUCCGAACACGGUGUCCAUCUUCAGGACGCAGAACGCGAGAUUUUGUCUGCCGACUGUUCCGCGAUCCUCCAGUGCGUCGGUGCUGAUAAGAAACCUAUCGUUUCGCUAUUGGAACCGUUCGGAACGUCGUCCUCGCAACAGGUCUCCGAUAAUCAUAUGUGUUCAGUUCCUGUUCCCGUGUCACGUUCCGAACAAAUGUCGCCCUCGUCGGAGAUAACGCCCGUGUCGUCGCGUAAUACGCCGGGGAAGUCCCCGUCGCCGCCCUUCGCUCCGCCGCCCGCGUUUCUCUCCGGAACGACGAUAGGAGUCUGUCCGGAACAUUUGCAGGGACGACCUUCUGGCGUCGACUGUCCACGAUGCGAAAUGAUAUUGGCAUCGGGACGGUUAGGACCGGCCGGUUUGGGCAAUGUGCACAGCCGGAACUCUUGCAAAACGCUCAAGUGUCCAAAAUGCAACUGGCAUUACAAAUACCAAGAGACACUGGAGAUUCAUAUGAAAGAAAAACACCCUGAGACUGAAACUAGUUGUAUUUACUGCAUAGCGGGUCAGCCGCAUCCCCGAUUGGCUCGGGGCGAGACCUACACCUGCGGCUACAAACCGUACCGCUGUGAAGUUUGUAAUUAUUCCACCACAACCAAAGGUAACCUUAGUAUUCAUAUGCAGUCAGAUAAACAUUUGAAUAACAUGCAAGAACUGCAAAACGGGGGUGCGCCCAAUACCGAGUCGCGGCAGGCUUCGCCAAAAGCGCCCUCGCUGCACCACUCUCCCGUUAGCAGUGGCCACAAACCUAAACCUAGUUUUCGCUGUGAUGUCUGCAACUACGAAACGAACGUUGCACGCAACCUAAGAAUACACAUGACGUCGGAGAAACAUACGCACAAUAUGUUAGUACUACAACAAAACGUCAAACAUAUGCAAACGCUAUCUGCGAUCCACCAUCAGCAGCAAUCUCAACAUAUGGAAAACCUUUACGGCAUCUAUCCCGGUUUGGGGGAUAAACCGGAAGCUGCCUUAGCUGAUAUGGCGUACAAUCAAGCGCUGCUGAUUCAAAUGAUGACGGGCGGUCAACUUCCCGGUCACGCGGGACCCGCAGACAUGACUUCUCACUCGGACCUCGGUCUAAAUCCGGAAACGAUGGAACCACCACCGGAACCGGCGGAACUGGAUCCUCAGAAAACCUUCCAUUGCUGCGUCUGUAACUUAUUCAGUACGGACAGUUUGGAGGACCUGGGCAGACAUUUGGCCCAGGACCGUACCAGACUUAGAGAACAAGAAAUCCUAGCUGUGAUCGCCGGUCAUUACGUGUGUAAACUUUGCACGUACAAAACCAAUCUCAAAGCCAAUUUCCAAUUACACUGUAAGACUGAUAAGCACCUGCAGAGACUGCAACACGUCAACCACGUGAAAGAGGGCGGUCUCCGUAACGAGUGGAAGCUGAAAUAUGCAUCGGCCCCUGGUGGUGUCCAGAUCCGGUGCAACGCCUGUGAUUAUUACACGAAUUCCGCGCAUAAGUUACAACUCCAUUCGGCGGGUAGUCGACACGAGGCGGGGGUCGCGCUUUUGCGAUUCCUAGAAGAGCGUAGUUCGCCGUUGCGUCCCGAUCAGCCGCGCGUUUUUCACUGCAAUCUGUGCGGCUUUUCCGCGGCUAAUCGUCUGCCGCUGCUCCAGCACAUCAAGUCGCUGAAACACCUUCAUUUGGAGCAACUGCACCAGAUUCAGAGGCGGGCGGAGGGUAAGGACGCACCCGCUGAAAUGUCGGAAGUGUUUCAAGUAGUUCCUGCGCCGUUUGAACAACGGCAACAACGUACUCCCGAACGAAGAGAUAGUACGAAUUCCUCGGACUUAAAACAAGAACAAUCGAACGAAUCGUUAAAAACUGAGCCGCUGGAAGAUGUCGAAGAAUUGAACGCGAGUCAAACGACAGAAUCGGACUCGCCGGUACAGAUGUGUCCUUAUUGCAAUUACACAAGCGAUUCGGAAAUGCGAAUACAGGCCCAUAUAAUAGCGCAGCACAGCGAAAAUAGUUCCUCAUCGGAAGUGGUGGUUUACCAUUGUCCACUUUGUCAAGACCAAUUUAAAGAUCGUCCAGUUUUAGAAAGACACGUGAUGCAGAUUCAUUCUGUUAACAGCGAGGGUCUCCAGAGACUUUUAAUGUUAGUGGACCAGAGUCAUUGGCUCAAUCAAGUCUCGCGGACAUCCACGCCUAACCAAACCGGAAAUAACCAAAUACAAACUCCUCCGAACCAAAUGAUCUCACCGAAUUCAGUCGCAUCGAAAGACUCGAAUAAAUUGGAUAAAGGCGACGUCAAUAUGGACGACGUACAAGAAGUAUUAUCGCCUAAUAGUGACGAAAAUACCGAUCCGGAAGUCGAGAAGUGUGGAACAUGUUCGAAGAAUUUCAAAAACAUCGACGAGCUGUGCUGCCAUCAAAACGAAACGGGUCAUUUAGAAAUCAAACAGACCCCGAGUGGACCGGGUUACAUGUGCUGGAAGAAGGGCUGCAACCAGUUUUUUCCAACCGCCCAUACGUUACAAAUGCACUUCAGGGAAGUUCACGCGAAAAACUCCAUCACGCAAAUGUCUGUCUCGGAGAAGCACGUGUACAAGUAUCGAUGCAAUCAGUGCUCGCUCGCGUUCAAAACCUUAGAAAAAUUACAGUUACACUCGCAAUAUCAUCUUAUACGGGACGCAACCAAGUGCGUAUUGUGCGGGCGCAGUUUUCGUUCGGUUGUCGCGUUACAUAAACAUGUCGAAAGUGUCCAUUCGGAAUUAACGGACGAGGAAUUGAUCGCAUACAAGCAAAGUCUGAUGAAUAAUCCGCUUCUUUUGGCGGGUCUGCAGGGCCAGGUGCUAGACAGCUCGACCAACGACAUCCUACGAAAAGAGUCGCUUCGUAACGACGAAAUCGAACCUCUAGAUUGCGACGAUAGCAAAGAAUUGAACACCAGUCAGGAAGACAAUAACCAGAACGACGGCGAAAAUUCGGACGACAGCAUCGUGUACAAAGACCAACAAUUCUUGGAAGAUUACCUGAACAGUCAGGCGAUGGCGGAGGACAGUUACAAUGACCCUAACAGAAAGUACAAAUGCCACCGAUGCAAGGUGGCCUUCACCAGGCAAAAUUACUUGACCGCCCAUAAUAAAACCCUUUUACAUCGCAAAGGUGAGAAACUAAGCUACCCCAUGGAGAAAUACCUGGACCCCAACCGGCCGUACAAGUGCGACGUGUGUAAAGAGAGUUUCACGCAGAAAAACAUACUGCUCGUGCAUUACAAUUCGGUAAGCCAUUUGCACAAACUAAAACGAGCCAUGCAGGAACAACAACAACAGAACAAUAAUAACAAUCAACCAGUCAGUCCUAUCAUUAGCAGCCAAACGCAAAAUUUAUCGUUAACACCGAAGAGUACGUCCUCGGACGAAGACGAUAAGAAAAGGUACAAAUGUAACAUAUGCAAAGUAGCUUACACGCAGGGCAGUACUUUGGACAUACACAUGCGUAGCGUUUUACAUCAGACCAGAGCCAGCAAAUUACAAGAUUUGGCAUUAUCGGGCCAGAUUGACCUGUCUAAGCCGUUAAUAGAACAACCCGAAGCCAUGCAGUCUCCGCACCAGACCAGUCCCGCACCCUGUAUCGGCGGCAGUGGUGGGGAAAAAUUAUCUCCUACCCCUCCGUCACCUGGCACAGGUAGCCAACAACAACAACAACAGGGGAUGAUGAGCUGUUCAAAAUGCGGCGCAUUAUUCGCGUCGACCGACCAGUUGUGUACGCACCAACAGCAGUGCUGCACCAACACGUUCGCUGCACCCAUGGCCAUCUUUCAAGCGUCACAAGAGCCCGGCCAGGCCAAAAGUCCUCCGCCGCCGUCGAUGUCUAGCGAAGGGCAGCAUCAACAAGAAUUACUGAACAGACUGAAUUUGCCGAAAAAGUCGGGCUCGUACAUGUACAAGCAGCUGCUGGAAAGUUUCGGUUUCGACUUGGUCAUGCAAUACAAUGAGAGCCAUCAGCGUCGUCAGCGUCAGUUAAACGAAGAGAAACAGUUGUCGUCCAGCGGCAGUUGCAUUAGUCCGCCGUCGUCUUCGUCGAUCCACGGUGACGUUGUAGCGAUCGAGCCGACAGCGGCAGCAGGAGCGAAGUCCGAGGAGGAACCCUCAACCGAUAACAACGCCAGCGGCCUGCCAGAAGUAAGUAGAUCUACGUGCCAACAUUGCAAUAAAGAAUUCUCUAGUGUUUGGGUGUUAAAGUCUCACUGUGAAGAAGUACAUAAAGAUUUAGUGCCGCUAGAAUUCUUAGAAAAGUAUGCUCAACAGUUCAAAACCGAAUACGAAAAGAAAUCCGUGGUCGUGACCGCUGCAACCUCGUCUACUACCCAUGUGCCUACCACCACGUCCGUCGGCGGCGAAGAUCCCGACCCCGAAAAAGAUGGGGACGACAACAUCAAAGAAUCCACGACCACGACGUCCACGAUACCGUCGGCCGAAGCGGGCGCCGUUACCACGACAGCACCGUCGACGCCCACGUCUUCGACGACGCCGUCGGCCAGUAGCACCGAUUCGGCGUCGGUCCCGUCCAACAUACAGGCGAUCAUAGCUCAAAGCAUGGCCCAAAAUCCUAUGGCACUCGCACAGCAAAUGUCCGAGAUGCAGGCCGCUUUGAACGUGAUGCAAUUGCAACAACAGUUGAACUUUAACCCGAUGAUGCAGAUGAUGGGAAUGGGACUGCCGUUAGGACUCAACGCCCUGGCCGCGAUGAAUUUGCAGCCGCCGCUAGUGCCGCUCAUGAUGCCGCCGCCCCCCUACGAUCCCAUAUCGCAGUUCGCGCCUCAAGAUCAACAGGCCAUGCUUGCCAAGCAACAAGUCAUGAUGCAACAGCAAGUGGCUGUUAGCGCGGCUGCAAACCAAAAGCGUGCGAGAACCCGAAUAACCGACGAACAACUGAAAAUUCUUCGCUCUCAUUUCGACAUAAACAAUUCGCCAUCCGAAGAACAAAUCCAAGAAAUGGCCAUACAAAGUGGCCUGCCACCGAAGGUCAUCAAACAUUGGUUUCGAAAUACGUUAUUCAAAGAACGUCAACGUAACAAAGAUAGUCCAUACAAUUUCAACAAUCCACCCUCAACAACUUUGAAUCUGGAAGAGUAUGAGAAGACUGGGGAAGCCAAGGUUAUGCCCCUCAAUAGCUCUGGCAGUAGCACAGACGAUGGUGGAAAACAGGACAACUUGCAACAGCCCACUCAAAUAAAAAUGGAAGUCAAAGAAGAACCGGCAGAAGAUAUUCAUAAAUACAUGGAUGAGAAACUUCAUCACAGCAACGAAUACGAAGAUAAAACGCACAUUUUUAAUCUCCCUCCUCACAGUCAAAGCCCAAUUUCAUACGUCACUACCUCAGACCCACAAAAUUACACACAAACGUCGAAUUCCCAAAACAGUUUCAAUUUGACAUCUGUAAUCGCAUCACAAUUUUCUGAUGUAAUAACCACCACGUCUGCCCCAUUAAGUAUUACUCCCAACACUAGUACAUCUACAAGUCCAAUGUUACCGCCUACGAAAAUGAAUCAGUCGAAUUUCUCGACUCCUAAUAGUUUUCAAAAUAUCCUUCCACUUUCCGGAAAUCGCUGCCUCAGUCCAAACAGAGGGGAUUAUAAUCCUGGCGGCAGUGUAUGUAGUGCAGGAAGUUCCACGGGAAAAAGAGCGAAUCGAACCCGAUUCACCGAUUACCAGAUCAAAGUACUCCAGGAAUUUUUCGAAAACAAUGCUUAUCCAAAAGACGACGACUUGGAGUAUUUGUCGAAACUUUUAAAUUUGAGUCCAAGAGUAAUCGUCGUGUGGUUUCAAAAUGCCCGUCAAAAGGCCAGAAAAGUAUACGAAAAUCAACCAGCGAUUGAACCCUCUCCUGGCAUAACAACAGACGAAGCUGGUGCAAACCGCUUUCAAAGAACACCAGGACUAAAUUACCAGUGCAAAAAAUGCCUUUUAGUGUUCCAAAGAUAUUACGAACUUAUAAGACACCAGAAGACCCACUGUUUUAAGGAGGAAGACGCCAAAAGAUCUGCUCAAGCUCAAGCGGCGGCUGCUCAAAUUGCUGCAGUUUUGAGUUCCGAGGACUCAAACUCUAGCACAAUUGUAGAACAGUCUCAACAACAACAACAACAACAGCAGCCGCAGCAGCAGCAACAACAACAGCAGCAGCAACAACCACCACCACCACCCCAGCAGCAGCAACACAACCAACAACAAUCUUCUCUUCCAAUGACAUCACAAUCCCAGAACAAUCCUCACAGUCCAAUGCAAACUACAAACAUCCCUAUUACUCCGAAUAACUCUGGAUCAAACUUUCCUACAUCACCAACGUCAACACCACAGCCGCCUGAUUGCAAAGAAGGCUCGUUUCAGUGCGACAAAUGCAAUUUAGUUUUUCCAAGAUUCGACCUGUGGAGGGAACAUCAAAUCGUACAUAUUAUGAAUCCGAAUCUGUUUCCCAGUUAUCCUCCCGAUUCGCCUUUCGGCAUACUUCAACAACAUGCGCAACUUCAGCAACUCAAUGCGGCAAAUAUAAACGAUUUGAACAAUACGGCAUCCGCUCUUCAACAUCCCAUUAUGAACAUGAUCAACAGCGUGGUCGGACAAAAGAGGAAGUUUGAUGAAGAUUCCGAAAGCGACGUAUCCGAUCAACCUAAAGACAAGAGAUUGAGGACGACAAUUCUACCUGAACAACUCGAUUACUUAUAUCAGAAAUACCAAAUCGAAAGCAAUCCGUCGAGGAAAAUGCUGGAAAACAUCGCCAGAGAGGUCGGUUUGAAAAAACGUGUCGUGCAAGUGUGGUUUCAAAAUACGCGGGCACGCGAACGCAAGGGCCAAUUUCGCGCUCACGCGCAAGUAAUAAACAAACGCUGCCCGUUUUGUCCGGCCCUGUUCAAAGUGAAAUCUGCCCUAGAAUCUCAUUUGACCGCGAAACAUUCUGAUCAGUGCGCGCGCGGGGAAAUAAACAUUGACGCAAUACCGGACGAGGAAGUCAGUUUAGAGUCGUCGCCGAACUUUAACCCGAACGUUGAUACGAAGAGCCAGCAAUCCCAAAAUGCCGCCAUCAUGCCACAGUUGUUUCCGCCGCUUAAUUCCGACAUCGAAAAUUCGAUUAAGAAGUACUACGAGGAAAGCAUGAAACGGUACAUCAGCGAGCUUCAAGCACAUGCCACAGCGUCCACCAAUGGUGAUCGGAGCGAAGUCAAAACGGGCAAAGAAGAAACAGGCGAAACACCGUUAGAUCUUUCGAAACCGGUGGAUCUAUCCAGGCCCAUGAAAGUCAACAUGGAUCACGAACGUAGCAUGUGCGAUCCAGGCCCAUUAACCGAUCUCAGUGAGCGGUCGUUGUGCGACGAAAGAAGCGACUCAAUGUCGGAAACAACUGAAUUUUUCGACGACGAAAGCAACCCCACGUCACCAGCCAGCAGUACUCAAAGCAACCAGCAGCAACGUCAACACCAAAACAAUUCUGCUAGUAAAAGAUUUCGAACACAAAUGUCUUCGCUCCAGGUCAAAGUGAUGAAGUCCUUGUUCUCCGACUACAAAACCCCAACCAUGGCAGAGUGCGAAAUGCUGGGUCGCGAAAUCGGUCUCCCAAAACGCGUAGUACAAGUUUGGUUUCAAAACGCCCGCGCGAAAGAGAAAAAGAACAAGUUGGCAUUGCAAAAGGUGCUCGGUGGUUCCGACGUGGACACGACCAAAACGCCGGAAGAAUGCAGAGUAUGUUCGUUUAAAUAUUCGCACAAAUUUUCCAUCCAAGACCACAUCUUCACCAAAGGUCAUAUCGCGAACGUGCGUUUACACCUGGAGAACACGAGCAAAGACGGUUCCGGUAGCGAUGGCGAGUUUACCGUGCCGCCGAUUCCGGGAGUUUCCGGGAACGUUCCCGCCGAUUCCACGACCAAUGUCGCGCCAUCGUCGCAAAACGUGAACAACAAUUCGCAUAUGCAACUUCUUCAAAUGGCCAGUAUGCAAAUGGCGGCUGCGUCGAAAGGGGAAAAGGACAGCCAAGAAUCUCUGUUUCAACAGCUCUAUUCCUUGGGGAGCAAUAACUCCUACAGCAUGCAAAACCAACUCCUGCAGACUUCCCUGUUCGGCACUAAUGGCGGACCUGGAGGGCUACUAUUAGACACCGGUACGGGGCCUUCGUUUCUACCGCUGCCACCUCCUGUCUUAGAGCAGGUGGCCGCGGGUAAUCUCGAGCCGGGGGUGACAACCCUUCGGAUGAACGAGACAAGUCCGCGGCCCAUGAUGGAUCUGCCCGCGCGAGAAAUCGAUUUAGAGGUUUGUUUUGUAUGUAAAAAAUGUCGUCUGGCUUUCCCAGUCGAAUCGCAUCUCAUCAACCAUCAGCGUCAGUGCUACAGCGGCAACUUAGACAAUCGCGGCGUCUUCCGCAUCGUUCAAACCGGUUUUGAGUGCAAAAACUGUCCCCAGGAACGCUUCAAAACGCUCCAGGGAUUCUGGAAACACGCGGAGACCAGCUGUCCGCAAAAAUUCAAAUUGAGUGGCAUUAGUUCUUCAUCAUCUCUGCCUCCGCCGUCGGAAUCGCCGUUAAGUCACGAAAUGGAAGACGUGGUGAAUCAGAUCACGUUGUUGGCAGCACGUGCUGCUGCACAAGAGUCCACUCCAGACUCGAACAGGAGCGGUCUGGACUCGAAUUCGAACGCGUUCUGUCAACCGCCGGAUCCUAAGCGGCGAUUCUUGACGCCUGGUGAUGUCGCCCAACAGCCUUUAACCAGUGCCGGUCACUGAGAUGUGCUCCGAGGACAAUACAAACCGCAGCCGGCCACGUAAGACCGUCUUAUAUAUACCUACUCUCUUUUUAACAAUCAACCAGUUCCUAAUGACGUCGGUGGUCGGUUGAGGAUCGUAAUCAUUUCUGUUUUGUUUCUCGUUUUUAUCACUAUGUAUUUUCUUUUCGAGUUGAUUCUCAGAACGCGAUCAACAACCACUGCGGCAUCCAGUUCCAGAAUUAAGGCAAGUCGGACUAAUAUAAACUAACUAUAUUUACAGCUGAUUUAUAUUUUUAAAUGUUAUACCAUAAAUGUGUCAGUGUAAUUGUGUAUUUGUUGUAUAGUUGAGUAGGUAGGUGCGGUGGUAAAAAUAUGAUUAUUUACUAUUGACAUGAUGAUUCCUAAUGCAACGCAUAGUUACUAUGACAUGAGUGUUAUGAUACGGGCAUAAUUAUGAAUGAUCGCAAUUGUGUAAAUAAUUUCUUCUUAUGGUUUGAGCUUUCCAACAAAUUUAUUAUUUUAUAAUGUGGAGUAACAAUCUUGGGACAAAGCAGUCUUAAAACGAACAUUAUGAGAUUCCUAACAUCUCAAUUAUUUUUUCAUUUUGUCAAGCAGUCUUUAGGGGAAACAAAAAAGAGAAAUUUGUACUGAAACGUGAUCACUCGUGUUUAUGCCUUUUCCGCCUAUUUACUUUGCAAAUAGUAUGGUGUAAAUAAGCGUAUAAUAUAGUUUCUACCUAUACAUAUAGUAUAGACGUGCAAGCAAGAGUUCCUCUAAAUUCUCAUGGCCAAGGGUGCGAAUUAAUCGCUUCUUGGCCUGUAUCUACGACAAACAAGGUUCCUAAUUCGGAAUGUAUUCAUGUAGAUUUAUACAUGCGGCGCUCUUCGUCUCGGGUCCAAACCCCAAUGGGGGCCUCGAGCUACCAAUGCGCAAAACAAAAAAGAUAUUGAUAAUAAACAAAACAAAAAUAAAUACUGUCACCCUCAUCGCCAUCAGCAGGGCCCGGGUUAGUUACUACAAACGGGCAGCCCAGUAAAACAAGUUCCUAUUCGUCCGCGGACCAACGAAAUUAUUUAUUUAAGAAACUAAUAAAUUAUUAUUAAUAUAAACUAACUAAUAACUAACUAAACGACUACUAGAAUCGAGCUGAUCCUGCUGCUAAUGUUGGCCGCGGACAUUUUUUUAUUAAUGAUUAUUAUUACUAUAAAUUAUUACAAACUUUUAUUAUUAACACAUUAUAAGGGUUAAUAAGUGAAAUGCUGUAUUUAUCUUAUAUAUGUAUAUGUAUAUCAGCUGGUAUGAGUGCACGGGGACUCCCCCUCCCCCCCGCCCGCUUCAUGGUAUUACACGUCGUUCACCACAACUACUGGCACUACUCGCCAGCAGUAAAAAAAAAAAUGAAAUGAAAAAUUGGUUCCUACUAAUUACUAAUAAUAAAUAGUAAUCGAUAUGGUGUUUAAGUAAUAACAUAUAGUUAUGUUUUAACGUUGGGUUUCACCGGCAAAGUACGUAUAAUAUAUAGUAGUAGAAAUUAUAUUUAAAAUUUUAAAUAUUACAGCGUAGGUUACGUAUCCAAAAGAACUCAAAAUGGGAAAUACUUCGGUAUGACCUGCCUCGCAUUUUAGUGAGUUUAUUUGGAACUAAGUGUGAUUGUUGAUAUAAAAAAAAAAAACAAAAGAACGCGAUACGCCAUGGAGAUCGCGCGGUACACGCGCCACGCCGCUUGCCACGCCACACAUAUCUGAACGCUUCUUUACAACCGAAACGUUUUUCGAUCGGACUUUUAUUAUCAGAUAGAUGAUGCAACCUUCGAAAUUUGAGCUGUUUUGAGCUAUUCGACUCGUCUUUUCUAAAUCGUGGCAGCGUCGCUGUUUGGCCGUGUGACCGCCUGUACCUUCAGGUUUACCUCGCAUCUCUAGCAAUGCUAAGUGAGUGUGACACGUGGAAGUCAAAGUGCUGCCACCUCUGACGUAUUACACGAUUAUUAUUACUAUUCAUAGUAAUAUCUUUAUUGACUCAUUACGAUUUUUUAGGCAUUCUAAUUCUAUGUAUAUGUGUUUCGUUAUUCAUACAGGGCGUGCAUAAACGCUCGACCGAGGUUCCUAUUAUAUUUCAUAUCGCAAGUUAACUAACUAACUAACUAACUAACUACUACUAUAGAAUGAAAAAUGGUCGUCGCGUUGUUCUUUAUCUCCAUUUUUUAUACAGAAAACAAUGAAAAAGAUAAGAAACUAUUUUAUAUUUUGGUAUAUUUGUUAUGUACUUUCGACUCGAUCAAUUGUUACAAUCCUCGCGUACUUUCUAACAACCCUCAUGCUCUCUAAAUUACGUGUACUCUUUUGUUAUCUUCUUCUAUUAUACGUAUGUCUAUAUUUUCCGUCUAUUUACAAAGAUGCAUCCUUAUUCACUCCAUCCCCUUCUUAAUCCGGACCUGCUUCAAGUUUUUAUAGCGACGAAUCACAUGAUCAGUGCAUAACAAACAUUACACUGUCUACAAAUCACACCUUUGACUUUUGCUUCGACUAAUACAAAUUGUCAAAAAAGUCACAAUAUCAGUUCUAAAUACGUCAACGUUCUCAAUGUUUUCUGACCUUUUAUAAUACAUUUUGAUGAUGUUUAGUAUUUUUUUUUAAUAAAUGAACAAAAACGAACGUCAACGAAUAUAUUUUCACGAAAAUUCGACAAUUGUUUCGGCUAAUUAGCCCUAGAGCAGUGCUUCGUAAACUAUUUAUUUUUACUAAUGUAUAACGAAUCACUUCAAAUUUAUCAAAGCAAAAAUUUUGACCAGUUUCUUUAUCGUGGUUCAAUAAAUCGAUGAUAUUGCUAUUCCUACAUUUUGUUUUCAUUAGUUUUAUCAACGCAAAACUAUUCUUACAUUUUGUUUUCAUUGCACUUAUU